AUGGCCACCUCCCACAUCCUCGUAUGCCUGCCGGACGGCUCCAUGCGACUCUUCGACGAGCCGCUCCUCAUCGCGCGCGACGUGCUUCGCGAGUAUCCGCACCACGACCUCUUCCUCUCGCCCUCUUCAUCGGGCGGAGAUCGCGACCCCGUAGUCUGCGAUCGCGACCGCGACCGCGACUUUGACGACGGCGAAUGGGUCUGCGACGACGACGACGCUCGCAGCACCGCCUCCUCCGCCACCAGCGACAGCCAUAGCGGGUCCAUCAUCACGGGAUACAAGAACACCGGUGUCAAGAAACCCGGAGCAAUGUCCGCGGCGCGGCGCUUUCACCCCGUGAACCCGCACCGCUGCUUAACACCCGGCGCCAUGUACUACCUCAUGCCGCGCCGCGAGUACGCGUGGAAAUGCCAGCUCCAAGCGGCAGAGGCGGCGGAAGCCGCGGCGGAGAGAACGACAACAAAGACCCAUCGGAAGGAGAACGACAACUUGUUAAAGAAGGAUCAUCAUGAUCAGCGCCGGCAUCAUCAUAGCAGUAACGGCUGCCGUCAUCUCGCGGCGCGGGAGACGUCGCCGCCCGCUCCGUCGAGCACGUCGUCGAACAACCCGUCGUCGUCGUUUCCGCGCGCGGCCACGGCGUCCCCGCGCCUCACGGCGUCCUCGCCAUUGGUGACACCUGUCAACACGGAACCGCCAAGCGGUCGCACCCAUCCAACGACUACUAUUAUUGGUAGCAAUACUACAACUAGUACCAGCGGUAGGUCUAGCGGCACUAGUAGCAGCAGCUCCAGCGGCAUUCAAGAACGCGCCUCAUCCCGUGGAGAGAUGUCGCUGCACGAGCCUGCAAUGAGUCAUCCGGAAAUGAAAGCGUUUCCACGCGAAAUGCACUUUGUGAACGAUGGGGCGGGACGAUCAUUCGACGUUGCGGCGGCGGGAACGACGGGAACAGAGCGUCGCGAAGACGAGUCGCAGCUGAUGCUCAUGCUGCUGGUGAAGCAGCAGUCCAUGCUGCAGGAGCUGCUCGAGGCGCGGCGGUCGGCGGGGGAAGGAGGAUGCGAGAUCGGCGCAUGCGCCGCGGCGGGCGCAGAGGAUGGCGGGAAGGCGCAGGACUUGCGGCAGCAUGAGCUUGCCUGGCCUGGAUACGGGUGA